GAGUUUAAAAAGAUCAUUAACUUGUUAAAAGGAGAAUUGCUUCUUCUUCUUUUUUUUCUGUUGAUGAAGCAUGCCUUUAAAAAUCGGGUCAGUGGGUUAAUAGUUGUCAGUCGUUUUCGUUUGAAAUGUGCAUAAUUUGCAGAAAUCGAUUUCCGGGAAACAUUGAUUGCUUUUUCAAAAAGGGUUUUGAAUUUCGAAAUUGCAGGUAUAUUUUUAAUGAAAUCAAUUUUCGGUGUUAGAACGGUUGUUGUUGAAACACACGGGUUCAUCAUUUAAAGAAAGUAACUGAUUCGAAUAGUGGGGUGAAAGUGAGCCAACAGAAGUCCGGAUUUAACAUCUUAACUAUAGUCUUCCAGCCACCUUCAAACCAAGUUCAUUACAUCCUCCCAUUCAUUCAUGAAAAAGAAUCUCACGUGUGUUUUCAAUUGUCAUCGUUCAUUCAAUUUUUCCUAAACUUGACUUUUUGGAAAUUGUCGAACAAAAAAAAAAAAAAAUUGACGCGAUUCAAUAGUAAUUAAUAUUAUUUUUAAAAUUAUUUUUUUCGAAAUCGAUUUUUGGAUUUGAAAAAAUUUACAGUAGUAGGAAAGAGAGUAAUUGUUGCAGAGACUUGGAAAUGCAAAAAUGGAAUUUUCCAAAUUCACGAUAACAAUAUGGAUGUCGAUGAUAUUGUUUACAGACGCCAAUGUUAUAGUUUCAAAUACAUCAUCGAUAGCGACAAGUCGAAAUGGUGAUUCCAUUUUUUUCGAAACUAAUCGACCGGGACCUUGGAGUGAAAUAUUAGAAAAUUGGAUCGUAUCUGAAAAGUUGAAUCUAAAUGCGAGAAAUUCUAGAGUAAUGAAAUUCGGCGAUAAAACAUUAACGAUCUCCCAAAAACUCAGCAGUCCAAAUAAACGUGAAGUCUCUGAAACGGAUCUUUAUCUUCUGGGGGCUAUUGAAAAAUUAGUCUACAGAGUGGAUUAUUUGGAAAAACGCCUAAGAAGAGCUGAAGAACUUUUAUAUUACGUUAUAUCGGGAAACAAUAAUAAUCCAAAGAAGGAAAUUGAGCCCUGCCCGCAAAAUUACACGAGAGUUGUUCGCAAUUGCUAUUAUUUUAGUACACGGGAAUUUGACUGGAAGUCGUCGGCGAGUUUGUGUCGAGGAAUGGGCGGAAAUUUAGUCGAAUUCCGAAAUGUCGAGGAGAAUCAAGAUAUCGUUGGAUUUCUUCAAACUGACAAAAAAUUCAGGGGGAGGAAUUUUUGGACCGGAGGAUUGAAUCCCGGACUCUUGUGGAUUUGGGCGGCGAGCGCGAGACCCGUUUAUCAGGACACAAAACAAACUGUCACCGGAGAUGGAAGAUGUUUAAAGUUGGACUACAACUCAGCAUCCAGAAUUUAUUCCUACAAAGGUGAAGACUGUGGUUCAAGGCAACGAUAUAUUUGUGAACUGACAAAAGACGAUGAAUCAGCUAAUAAAAUCUCACGCACGGCUCGUACAUUACUACAUAACAAUUAAAUGUUUCAUAAUAAUAAUUACAAGAUCAUAACACCAAACAAAUCCGUUAUAAAAAUUUGACUUAUAACAUUUUUGUCAAAUAUUUCAUCAAAUAUUUUAUCAAAUACUUUAUCAAAUAAUUGUCUUCAAAGAGAACAGAUUUUUGACAUCAAUUAUUUAGAAACACGAUUUUCUUCUAAAUUUUUAUUUAUUCACAAAAAUUAAUUUAUUAAAAUUAUUUUUAGAAAUCGCAAGUUUUUUUUUGGAGUAAACAAAAUAUUUAUUCGAAUAUUUAAAAACUUUAAGUUUAUAUUUAUAGUAAAAAUUAUUAUUUCUAUUAAUUUAAAUUUUCCGGAUAUUUAAAU